AGUUUUGAAGAAAAACAAGAAAAUCAGGUUGUAAGGCACACUGUUGAAAUCGGUUCGAGGGACCUUCACUGACUAGACUAACUCACGGAAAGAUCACCGUAGAUCGCUCUGCCGGUCUCAACUUCACCACCCUUAAACAACCUGGUGUUAGGCCACCAAUCCCGAUUCAACAUUGAUGGAGGAGUACGAUAGCUAGUUUGGGGCUGGAGUUGGUUUUGCGUCAGGGAGGAGGGAGAAACCACCCAUCAAAAUGUUUUGCAAGUGAGGGCUAUACAUUGGUAUGUAUGGGAGAGUAGGUUAUUAUGUUUUUAUACUUUGUCUGUAGAGAAUUCUCAGAGAAAAGGGGAGAGCUUACUAAACUUCUCGAAUUGGCUGGGAGCUUUGCACUAGCUCAUGGUGUGUGGAUAAGGCUUAGAAUUGAGUGGUAUGGAGAACCCAGGUCUAAAUCACCCUCCUGAAGUAGAUUCACUGCCAGAUGGUUUUGUUGAAAGCUCUGCAGAAACUCAAACACCUUCAACACAGAAUUUUGAAGAAGCAAAGCCAUUAGAUUCCCAACGAAAAACUUCACCAGAAUCUGAUUUUUCCGAUGGUCAAAGGCAUGAGAUCAUGGAAAAUGUUGAAAUUGAGAAAUGUAGUUCAGAGAAUACUCAAAAGUUGGAAACUUUAACUGUUGCUUCAUCUGAAACAGAAAAAUUUAAUAAUUUGGAGAGUUUGGAAAAGACAGCUGGUAAGGGUUGUAUGGAACUAGCAGAAACUGACAUUCUUAAUGUAAAAGAAACUUCUAAUGAGGCUGCAAUUGACGAGUCUGGCGGCAGAAAAUUAAAAGGAGAAGCUCAAGGCGAGUCUCAAAGUUCAGACAAGGCCACUGGUGUAGGGUUAGAUGCAUCAACAGCACAUGAGAAGGAAAUGUCUGUGACAAAGGUUGUUCAAACUACGAAAAAUGAAAGUGCUGAACUCAAACGCAAGAAUCCAAAGCGUACAUUUAAGUCAGAAAAGGAGUUUCUUGAAUUUACUUUAAAGUAUCAGCAAGUUCUUGCAGAAAGAGAUUCAGCUAUUGUUGUCCGGGACAAGUUGGAGUCACUAUGCAGGGAGUUACAACGUCAAAAUAAAAUGCUAAUGGACGAAUGCAAACGGGUCUCAACUGAGGGUCAAAGCCUCAGAACAGAAUUAUCAGUUAAGUUUCAAGAUGCAAUCAAGGAUGUUAGCAAGAAGCUAGAAGAGCAAAAGGAUGAAUGCCUUGCACAGCUGAAAGAGAAUGAAACCUUAAGGAAUAAAUUGAAGCAGCUUGUUGAUCAGUUUUCUCUUUCCGAACAGCAAUUUGCACAGAAGUUGAAGCAGAAAACGCUUGAACUUCAGCUUGCUGAUCUGAAAACUAAGCAAUGUGAGGAGAAAUUGAUUCAGGAACAAACUCAAAUGAAAGUAUAUGCAGAGCAAAUUUCACAUUUAUUGUCAACAGAAAAGAAUCUGCGUUUACAACUAACAGCUGAUGGAGAAAAAUUUCAACAGUUCCAAGAUGCAUUAGUAAAGAGCAAUGACGUAUUUGAAACCUUCAAACAAGAAAUUGAGAAGAUGACGAAAUCCAUCAAGGAACUCAAGAAGGAAAAUACAUUCCUGAAGAGCAAAUGUGAGAAAUCAGAUGUUACUCUUAUUGAGCUUCUUGAUGAGCGGGAGGGCUUGAAGAAACAGCUGGAGAAAACGAAGAAACAGAAAGAAAAGCUUGAAUCCUUGUGUCGAUCACUUCAGGCGGAAAGGAAGCAAAGUUCCAUGGGAAGCAAUACCUCUGAUUCAGCUUCUUUGUGAAGUCUACCCUAUUCUGUAAAAUAUGAUUUGCUUGAGAGGAUUUCAAUACACUAACUCCUAUAAUUCAUUGUCUUUAAGCUGAGGAAUUAGUUAUCUUGUUAUUUUAAGAUUACCAUGUCCAUUACUGUCAGCUUUUCUAGGAUUAAAAAUGAAUUGUAUUGCAGAAAGAAAACGAAAAAGCAGAAGAAAGUCUCUUGAUUCUAAUGAACCUGGAUUGAGUUGAAGCUGAGGAAAGUAACAUUUUGUAAAUUUCUAUUUGAGGCUUGACAUAUUGAGCUCUUCCCUGUGUCCAAAUUUGAACUUUUGGAGACUAAAUUUUGAUUUCUUUACCAAGAAAA